AUGGCUCCAUCAGUUUCCAUGUUGAUCCAGGCUCCAGAUGGGACAGAGACCUUUGGCAAGAGGUCCCCCAUCGCCAUCUGUGGCAUGGCCCUGCGCUUGCCAGGAGGAAUUGCUACGCCAGCUCAAUUCUGGGAAUUUAUCAUGCAAAAGAAAGAUGCCGUCGGCCCCAUCCCAGAGUCAAGAUUCAACGCGGAAAGCUACGUUUCAAACAGCGGAAAACCUGGAUACAUCAGAUCAGCAAAAGGCUACUUUCUGGACGGUGAUAUCGGAGCGCUGGACACGACCUUCUUCAGCAUGGCCAAGGCCGAGGUUGAAAAGGCGGACCCGCAACAGCGCAUCCUGCUCGAACUGGCACGAGAAUGUCUUGACAGCGCUGGGGAGGUCAACUAUAGAGGCAAGGAUAUCGGCACCUACGUUGGCUCCUUUGGUGAGGACUGGCCCGACCAUUUCGCGCGCGACUCCCAGAGCGUCGGUCUCUACCAGGUGACUGGCAAGGGCGACUUUGUGCUCUCGAACCGCAUCUCGUACGAAUACGAUCUUCGCGGGCCGAGUAUGACGAUACGCACAGCGUGCUCGUCCAGCCUGCUAGCCUUACACGAAGCUUGCUUAUCAUUGUGGACCGGCGGUUGCUCGUCUGCGCUUGUUGGGGGUUGUAAUAUUAUGAUGUCGCCGGAUAUGGCUUUGCAAAUGACGGAGCAGGGAGUUUUGUCGCCAGAUGCUUCUUGCAAAACGUUUGACGAAAAGGCCAACGGAUAUGCUCGGGCUGAGGCAGUGAAUCUGAUUUAUAUCAAGCCGCUGCAAGACGCCCUUCGAGAUGGUAACCCCGUGAGAGCCGUGAUUAAGGGCGCCUGGACAAAUGCAGAUGGCAAAACCACCGGACUGAGUGUACCGAGUAUUUCAAGCCACGAGACCAUGAUUCGCCGGGCCUACGCCAGCGCGGGGAUUUCCGACCUCUCUCAGACUGCGUUUGUAGAAUGCCACGGCACGGGCACAGCCAUUGGAGACCCCAUUGAGACCAAGGCAAUCCAGAGUGUCUUCACCUCGGGUGUAUUUAUUGGGUCAGUCAAGCCGAACGUGGGCCAUUCGGAAGGUGCCUCUGGUAUUUCGUCAAUUAUCAAGUGUGUUCUGGCUCUCGAGAACCAAACGAUUCCGCCCAACAUCAAAUUCAGCCAGCCGAGCACUAGAAUUGACUGGAAGAAUCUCUACGUACCUACGGAGCCCAUGUUGUGGCCUGUUGACUGCCAAGAACGUGUCUCGGUCAACUCGUUUGGAAUCGGGGGAGCAAAUGCCCAUUUCAUUCUCGAAUCGUGCAGAGCCGUUGGUGCAGCUGAUAUAGAAGGUAUACGAGAUUUGCCCUCUCCAACCAACAGUCUUAUUCUACUAUCAGCAAACACAUCAGAUUCGGCCAAACGUCAAGUCUCGAACCACGAAGAGUAUCUCCAGAAACAUCCAUCUCGGCUCGACGAUGCAGCCUAUACAUUGGGCGUCCGGAGACAGCAUAUGCCAUACAGGAGCUUCGGCGUUGCUGGUGAUUAUACAAACAACAACAAUCAGAGGAUGGCACUCGACACUUCUGUCCCGACAAAGAUCCCGACUGGUCACCAAAAAAUUGCAAUGGUUUUCACUGGCCAAGGGGCGCAAUGGGCACGAAUGGGGGUAGAGCUUUUACAUGCCAACUCCACAUUCGCCGCAUCGAUUCAAUUCAUGGACCAAGUGCUGAGCGAGUUGCCGGAUGGCCCAUCAUGGUCUAUCCAGGAUGAACUUGAAAAGACGGCCGCAGAAAGCAGCUUACAUAUGGCCGUCCUAUCACAGCCCUUAUGCACUGCUAUCCAAGUAGCUCUGGUUGAUGCCCUGGCGGAUCUGAGCCUGCGCCCAGAAGCUGUGGUCGGGCAUUCAUCUGGUGAGAUUGCCGCAGCAUACGCAUCGGGAAGAAUCACGGCAAGGGAGGCCAUCAUUGUGGCUUACUACCGCGGCAUGGCUUCUACGAGCGUGAGUCGAAAGGGAGCAAUGGGUGCAAUCGGCAUGAGCAGGAAGGAGAUAGAGCCCCUCCUUCGACCUGGAGUAGUGGUUGCAUGCGAAAACUCUCCAAUGAACGUCACUAUAUCCGGCGAUAAGGAAAAGGUCGAAGAAGUUCUCCAGGACGUACGCAGUGCCAAGGGAGAAAUGGUACCGAUCAAGCUCUUGAAGGUCGACAAGGCAUAUCAUUCUCAUCAUAUGAAGGCGGUAGGAGACACUUAUACAUCCAUGAUUUCAAAGUAUCUGAGCGACCAGAAACGGAGAGGUCAAACGUCUGCCGUCAUGUAUUCCAGUGUGACCGGGGCACCGCUGGAUGUUUCUAGGCAUUUGGAUGCUCAAUACUGGCAAGACAACCUAGAGUCACCCGUGCUCUUCCGCAGCGCUGUCGAGUCGCUUCUGAAAGAACAAGAAAAGCCCGGCAAUACUCUGAUAUUCGUCGAAGUCGGUCCUCAUUCUGCCCUGUCCGGGCCUCUGCGACAAAUCCUGGCGCAGGAGUCUUCGAAGUCUUCAUAUACGUCAUGUCUGAUUCGGUCUCAAGAUGCACAUGCAACGUUUCUCAGAGCUGUUGGUUGUAUCUGGCAACAAGGUAUUUCCUUUGAUUAUGACCGCCUCUUGAAUCCUCAUGGGUACGCAAAGGUUGUCCAUGACCUUCCAUCGUAUCCGUGGCAUCACGAGCACUCUUACAUCUUUGGCAGCCGUGUUUCCAACCACACCAGGGUCCAUCGCUACCGACGUCACGAGCUGCUCGGCACUCGAAGCGCCGAGAGCAGCGAUGAUGAACCGCAAUUUCGAAACAUGUUGGUGCCCGACCGCGUUGCCUGGCUGAAAGAUCACUGCAUUGACGGCGACGUCGUGUUUCCCUGCGCUGCUUAUCUGGCCAUGGUCGGCGAGGCAAUGCGGCAGCUGCACAAUGGUGAAUACAGCGGAUACAGUGUGAAAAAGGUGGCCAUAGGCACGGCCAUGGUAAUCAGCAAUGGGCAGAAGCCGGUCGAGAUCAUCACGUCUCUGAGAAAGGUCCGACUCACAGAUACCCUGGACGGAUCCUGGUGGGACUUUACCAUUUCGACCAAUUCGGGCUCGUCGUGGAUGCGACACUGUGCUGGGCAGGUUCGUGCAGACAACCAAGACAUGAGCCAUUCUGAAAUCUCAAAGUCCCACGAAUUCACUCGCGUGGUAAACACCAAGAACUGGUAUAGUGCGUACAGGAGCGUUGGUGCCGACUAUGGUCCUACAUUCCAAGUAUUGAGAGACAUUGCGGCAUCUACAACCACCCAGGUUUGUAAGGGUACAGUACUAGACGUGGUCAAGGAGAAUGAGGAAGACUACGCAAUCCAUCCCACUACCAUCGAUGGCUUUUUGCAGCUUUUCGGCAUAGCCGCGCACAAGGGAGGCGCCCACAAGCUCUCUCGUAUGAAUGUGCCUACCUUUAUCGAGAGUAUGACUGUUGCGGCGUGCAAGUCUGGCGUGACCACGGUAGUGGAAGCUUCAAUAUCUCCACGUGGGACACUCAACGGCCGCGGCCAAGGCUUUGACGAUAAUGACUCUCUGGUAUUCAACGCCAAGGGAGUGAGAUUGAGUCCGCUGAGCACGGGUGCAGCGUCCUCCACGGACGUUGAUUUGCACGCGGCAGCUCGCACUGUUUGGAACUCUCAUGUCGAAUUUCUCGACUUGUCUAGUCUGGCCAAUAAGACUGAGAACCAUGCACGCCAGAUAGAUAUCUGUCGCGACUUGUGUCUGCAGUGCAUUCAAGAGUCAUUACUAUGCCUACAAGAAGCGGGCAUCAGUCACGGCGUGCCAUCUCAUUUCGAUCGCUUCUUAUCGUGGAUGAGAAAACAACCCGCGCCAAGCUCGGGCCAAAAAGCCCAGAUUCUACGCGAAAAGCUGAUCAAUACACCAUAUGAUGCUUUUGGCGAAGGCUCCCUGAAGGUUCUGAACAAUAUCGUACCCCUGUUCAAAGGUGAGGUACAGUUGUUGGAGCUGCUGCUUCGGGACGGAACCCUCACAGACAUUUACAACGGUUCCGUUUUCGCCAACACGGAGCCUCUGUUCAGAGCUCUAGGGCACACUUGCCCAAACAUGAGGAUCCUGGAGAUUGGAGCUGGCACGGGCGGCACAACGAGCAGAUUGCUCAACUGCCUUGUCAGUGACAAUGAGAACGCCCGUCUAUACCUUGACUAUACUUACACCGACGUCUCGCCGGGAUUCUUCGCAGCAGCCAAGGAACGGUUCCAAGAAUAUCCUAAUCUUCACUUUAAAGCUCUUGAUAUUUCCAAAGACCCUCUUGAACAAGGUUUUGCCCUGGAAUCUUUUGACUUGGUGCUCGCCUCCAAUGUCAUCCAUGCAACCAAUUCUCUGCACCAAAGCCUCAGCAAUAUUAGAAAACUGCUUCGCCCAACUGGUAGGCUGUAUUUGGAAGAAAUGUGCUCCGACUUCAAAGGUAUCAACUACAUCAUGGGUCUGUUCCAGGGUUGGUGGCUAGGAGACGAGGAUGGCCGAUCCGAAGAACCCUAUGUUUCGACGGACCGCUGGGACAAGGAGCUUCGCAGAGCUGGCUUUGGUGGCCUGGUCUCAGCCACGCUCGAUGCACCGCGCCCAUACCAAAUGUGCGCCUUGAUGCUGGCAAAGCCCGACAAUAGCCAGACGAUGCAGAAGACGGUAGCAAUUCUGCACGACUCUUACUCACGAGGUCUAGCCCUGAGUCUCCAAGAGCGGUUCUCUGCGGAGCAAAAUGUUGUUCUGCACGAUAUCGAGAAACCCGCCCUGCCUGAAGUGGCUAAUGUGAUUUCCGUCAUCGACUUGGAAAGACCCUUUUUGCAUGACAUCACAGAACAGAGAUUCCUAGUAUUCCAGGGGCUCAUGGAAGAACUUGCCAAGACACAAAAAGGUUGCCUUUGGCUCACCAGAUCUUCCCAAUUGGGAUGCACGGAUCCUCGAUGGAGUCAAGUCAUUGGUGCCGCCAGGACGAUACGGCGAGAUCUAGGUUUGGAUCUUGCAACCUGCGAGAUUGAUCAUUUGGACUCUCAAACGUGGCAGGCGGCCAUGGACGUAUUCCAUACCUUUCAAGCCGAGAAGGCUUCAUCUUCGCAGCGCAUCGAGUACGAAUACGCCAUUGUGAAUGGUGUCGUGCAGAUUUCUAGGAUAUUUCCGUUUGCUCUGAAAGAUGAGCUGUCUGCGGCGGACGUCCCAAAUACAAAUAAUGACUGCUUUCUAGACAUUGGCGAAUAUGGAAGACUCCAGAGCCUAAGGUGGACAAGUGUACCGCAGGUGGAGGCGCUUCGACACGAUGAGAUUGUCAUCGAUGUAAAGUGUGUUGGACUCAAUUUCAAAGACUUGCUUGUGGCUAUGGGCGUCAUUGAGUUUUCCGCGUCUGCUCAUGGCGCACCUUCGAAACUGGGCAUUGAAGGUGUCGGCGUCGUGAGAAGCGUCGGUCCGGGCGUCCGCGGAGUGAAGGUAGGCCAGCGCGUCUUUACCAUGAUGAGCCACGGGUGCUUCGCGACACGUGUGACUGUUUCCGAGAAAUACUGCGCUCCGAUCCCCGACAGCCUGAGUGACGAAGGGGCUGCGACCAUGCCUUGCGUCUUUGCCACGGCCGUGUACGGACUUGUCGACGUCGGCCAGCUGAGAGCCCAUCAGACGGUGCUCAUUCACUCGGCUUGCGGCGGUGUCGGUCUGGCUGCUAUACAGGUGGCGCAAAUGAUUGGAGCAGAGAUAUACUGUACAGUGAGCACCGAGGAGAAGAUUCAUUUCCUCGAAACGAAUUUUGGUAUCCGCCGUGAUCAUAUAUUCAAUUCUCGCGAUGAUUCGUUUCUCGCUGGUGUCCGAGCAGCCACGAAUGGCCGCGGGGUGGAUUUGGUUCUGAAUUCCCUUUCUGGAGAGCUCUUGCACGCUUCUUGGCGCUGCGUCGCAGAGUUUGGGAAGCUGAUCGAGAUAGGGAAACGAGACCUUGUUGGCAACGGCAGUCUCGAUAUGCGACCGUUCCUUGAGAAUAGAAGCUACCACGGUGUCGAUCUGAACCAAUUCUUUGACGCGAAACCGGAAGAGUGUCAUCGCCUCUUGGAAGAGAUCCUUCGACUGUACGCGGAGGGCUAUAUUCGUCCAUUACAUCCCGUCAAGGCCUUCACAGAGCAGGACGUUGAGGCAUGUUUCCGGUACAUGCAGAAAGGUCAGCAUAUUGGCAAGAUUGUCAUGACCGUGGCACCAUCGCAAUUGAAAGGUAUUAGGCCUGUCACGAGACAAAUGGUGAUGGAUUGCGAGUCCUCAUUCGUUCUUAUUGGUGGCUUGGGCGGCUUGGGCCGUGUUGUCGCCAGCUACAUGGUUGAGCGCGGUGCGAGACAUCUCAUCUUCUUGUCCCGCACCGCUGGAUCCUCCAAGCACGAUCAAGCUUUUGCCGAGGAGUUAUCUAGUCAGGGGUGCUCCAUAACGUUUGUCCAGGGAGACGUGACGGUGCUAUCCGACGUUCAACACGCUGUGGCCAAGGCACCAACUACGAUCAAGGGCGUCAUAAACAUGUCCAUGGUUCUUCGGGACAGUCGAUUUGAAUCAAUGACCUACGAAGAGUGGACAGCCGCAACCGGUCCAAAGGUGCAGGGUACUUGGAACUUGCACCAUGCUUGCCUGGAGCGAGAACUUGAGCUGGACUUUUUCAUUCUUUUUAGUUCCAUAUCGGGCAUCAUCGGACAACCAGGCCAGGCCAACUAUGCCAGUGGCAAUGCAUUCCUCGAUGCUUUUGUCCAGUAUCGUCAAAGCAAGGGCUUGAAAGCAUCCGUGAUUGACGUCGGGGUAAUGCUGGAUCACGGAUACCUAGCCGAAAACGAGGCCAUGCAACAACAAAUGGUGUCCCACGGACAUUUUGGCAUCAGGACACCACAGUUGCUCGAUGCUCUGACAGUUGCCAUGUUAAGCCAGGCUACCCCGGCAAGGCAACAGCCUGAUGGCUGGAGCAAUACAUCGCAGUUGGUCAUAGGAAUGGCGAGUAGCAAGACGCUCGAUGACCCGACGAAUUGGGUGGUCUGGAAGAAUGAUUGCCGGCUCGCCGUCUUUGCCAAUCGAGUCUCCUCUGAAGGGGCCGCGCAAGGCUCGGACGAGGAUGCACUCUCGAAAUUCAUUGGGUCGGUUGCUUCCGAUCCGUCCAUCCUCGCCAGGCCAGAUACGGCCGUAUUUGUGGCCAAGCAGAUUGCUUUGCAGCUCCGUGCUCUGCUCCUCAAGCCUGUUGACAAUGAAGACGACAUUGACAUUCAAACCCCGCUUCAAAACGUAGGACUCGACAGUCUCGUGGCGAUCGAGUUACGGACCUGGUGGAGAGGGGCAUUCGGCUCGGAUAUUACGGUUUUAGAGAUGCUCAGCGCAGAAUCUCUGUCGGAUCUUGGCUUCCGUGCUGUCGCUGGCUUGCGCGAAAAGUACGCAGAACAAAGCCUAGAUAGGGCAGAAGGAUCUUCGGACACACUGGUUGUGGAUCAUAUGGACAUUCUGCCGACCAAGAUGCCCUAG